AUGUUAGAAAAAAAGUUUGCUGACAUUGACAAGAAAUUUGAGAAUGUUUUAAACAAGAACAAGAGGAAGUUAGAAAAUGCUCAGAUAAAACCUAUACAUGACAAGUUCUUAUUUGCUCAGAAUGGUAUAACAGGUCUAAUCGCACCACCUGGGUCGGGUAAGACUUUCACUUAUCUUAAAAUGGCUGCACAACAACAAGAACUAGAUGAGAAGAACCCAUUCUAUGAGUUAGUUGUCAUUUGUAGUACUUCUGGUCAAUUUGACCAAACCGUCAAUUCGUUCAAAGAUAUUAUAAAGAAGUCUAAGUUAGUAUGUAUAAAGGAUACUGAGUUGUUAGAUUGGAUAAAGAAGUACCAAAGAAGAGUUUUGAAGUAUAAUGCUAUAAAUGAGUAUAUAAAUUCUAAGUUUAAAGACCCAAAUGAGGAAAUGCAGAGAAUAUUAGAGAAGAAACACUUCAGAAACAAACAGAAAGAGAUAGAAUACAUUUCGAAGAAAUUGCAAUCGUACGAUUGGAAGACUUACCCUCAUAGAUGUCUUCUUAUCUUAGAUGACUUUGCUUCUCAUCCUUUGCUUAAGAAUAGAGAACAAGAUAU